AUGUCGACCACAACCUGGGCCAACAAUGUGACAGGGUAUUUCAACAGCACCCCUACCACAUCGAGCAGCCUGUUUGGGGGAGACCUGAUAAUCCACCCCCACUGGAGCCAAUUCCCACCAGUCCCAGACCACUGGCACUAUAUCAUCGGCGUCUACAUUACCCUGGUGGGCAUCACCGGGGUAUUCGGCAACUUUCUUGUCAUCUGGAUCUUCAGCAGGACUAAGUCACUGCGAACACCGGCUAACAUGUUUGUUGUGAACCUGGCCAUCAGCGAUCUCACCUUCUCGGCUAUUAACGGAUUCCCCUUAUUGUCUUUCUCUGCCUUCUACAAAAGAUGGAUAUUUGGAAAAGCUGCUUGUGAGUUGUACGGACUUGUGGGAGGGAUAUUUGGUCUGAUGUCUAUCAACACCAUGGCCAUGAUCGCCAUUGACCGGUACCUAGUUAUCGCUAGGCCCUUGUCCGUCAUGAGACACAUGAGCCACAAACGCGCUUUCUUCAUGUUGAUGUUAGUGUGGAUCUGGUCUAUCCUGUGGGCUAUUCCCCCAAUCUUCGGCUGGGGCGCCUACAUCCCAGAGGGCUUUCAGACCUCCUGCUCAUUUGACUAUCUCACCAGAACCGAUUAUUUUCGCUCCUACAUCUUCUGCCUAUACAUCUGCGGUUUCGUCGUACCUGUCCUCAUCAUCUUUUUUUGCUACGUCCUCAUCGUCAAGGCCGUCGCCGACCACGAGAAGGAAAUGGCAAGCAUGGCCAAGAAGCUGGAUGCCAAGGACAUUCGUCAAGGUCAAGAUCAGAAGACCGAGAUCAAGACGGCCAAGAUCGCCUUUUACACAAUCACGCUGUUUCUGCUUUCCUGGACCCCGUACGCUGUCGUGGCUCUGAUCGGAGAGUUCGGCCCCGCUCAAUAUGUCACCCCUUAUGCUUCUGAGAUUCCCGUCAUGUUUGCCAAAACCUCAGCAAUGUACAACCCCAUUGUGUACGCUCUGAGUCACCCAAAGUUCAGGGAAGUGCUCAACAAGAAGCUCCCGUGGCUGAUGGUUUGCUGUAAGCCCAAAGCCAAGCCUUCUCAUACAGCCAGUGGAAAGGGGGGAAGUCAAAUAAGCAGGGCUGGAAGCUCAACAAGCUACGUUCCUGGCAUGAGCGAGGUGGCCAGCACGGUGAGUAACGUCAGUGACACCGCCAUGGAGAUGACGUCUCCGGCUGAGAACAAGCCUGCAGCACCCCCCGCUGCGCCACCGACAGCUUCAAACGCCACCCCAGGUCAGGCCGCAGAAGCGUCGUCUUCGGCUCAGGCAGGUAAUGCUCUGUCGGCCGCUCAACUAGCGGCAUUAGCAGCAAAUCCCAAUAGUCAAGCGCUGGGUGACCUGAUGAAGGUUCUAGCCGCAUCCCAAGGAGGAACUGGAAAAGAUGGCAACGCCGUGUACGCCAUUUCAGGGGGCUCGGCGGACGCCAAACCGAACGCUGGAAAUGACAACAAAGCCUUCGAGACUGAUAAGGUCUGA